AUGGCGGUGGUUAUGGAGAACCAGCAGCCGCUGGCGCGGAUGCCGCUGGUCCCGGCGCCGCCCCCGCCGCCGCCAGUGCUGCCGCAAGCGUACAAGCACCGCUGCAGGGUGUGCAAGAAGGGGUUCAUGUGCGGGCGCGCGCUGGGCGGCCACAUGCGGGCGCACGGCGUCGCCGCCGACGGGCUCAGCGCCGACGACGCGCUCGACGACGACGCAGCGGGCCCGUGUGGCGGCGGCGACUCUCCGGAGGCGGGGAGCGCGUCGGCGGCGGCGGCGACGGCGAAACGCAUGUACGCGCUCCGCACCAACCCGGGCCGGCUCAAGAACUGCCGGGUGUGCGAGAACUGCGGCAAGGAGUUCACGUCGUGGAAGUCGCUGCUCGAUCACGGCAGGUGCAACUACGACGAGGAGGAGGGCGACUUGGACGGCGACGCCGCCGACGAUGGCGAGGAGGGGGAGGACCUGGCGCUGGCAGCGGGGUGGUCGAAAGGGAAACGCACGCGCCGCGCCAAGGUCAUGGUCGUCGGGAACGGUUCGAUAACCACCGAGGAGCAGCUGCCGGCCCCGUCGAGCGAAGAGGAGGACCUCGCCAACUUCCUCGUCAUGCUAUCGUCGUCGGCUUCGAGCGCUGCGCGGCCCCAUGUCGUCGUUGAGGUCGAUCAGGAGCCGUGCGCGAGAAAGAACGAGCAGAGGAAUCAGCUCCUCGUGCCGCAGCCCAUCGCCAUGGUAGCCCCUGCAGUGCCACACUUGAAGUUGCUGGCGCCACCACAGGUACUACCACACCAUGUCUCCACCGUGCCUCGCGGCAUGUUCGAGUGCAAAGCGUGCAAGAAGGUCUUCACCUCCCAUCAGGCUCUCGGCGGGCACCGCGCCUCCCACAAGAAAGUCAAGGGGUGCUUCGCCGCAAAGCUAGAGAGCAACCGCACCGAUCCCCCACAACCCGUCGUCGCCUCCGCCAAUGACAAGGUCGUCGGCGAUGCCAUCCCAGCCACCGUCGGUACCGAACAGAAUACUACCGGUGUCGAUGGCAGCGUGGAAGGCAAUUCGGUCAAUGCUGAGACCGGCGUAGUUGUCAUGGCCACCGCACCUCCUGAAAUGGCCGGCGACGAGGUGCCGGCGACGUCCGGCGCUGCACCGUUCAAGAAGAAGGGCAAGGUGCACGAGUGCUCAAUCUGCCAUCGCGUGUUCAUGUCGGGGCAAGCCCUCGGCGGCCACAAGCGGUGCCACUGGCUCACGACCGGCGCCACCGACCCGACCGGCGCGGUCGCCAAGCUCCAGCCCUUCGUCACCCAGGACCACGUCAUGCACGCCAUGUGCCAGCAGCUUACCCUGGGGCGCCCGAUGUUCGACGCGUCCGACCCGUUCCUCGACCUCAACGUGCCAACGAACCCGGCGGAGGAGCCGGCCGCCACGAGGCAAGCGGCAAAGCUGAACGACAGCGUGCUGAGCCUCAACGCGCCGGCGUCGCUGUACAUGCACUCGUGGGCGGGGCACAGCAACGCGAGCAACAUGAACAACACGGCGACGAGCGGCCACGACGACGCGGCUGAAGCCGCGGCCACGGAGGACGAGGCGGACAGCACGAGUGCCAAACGAGCCAAGAUCAGCGACCUCAAGGACAUGAACAUGGCUGGGGAGACCUCGCCGUGGCUGCAGGUCGGGAUUGGCCUUCCGUCCGAGAUCAACGAGGAGAAGGCUACGCAGGCGUGA